AUGGAGAGCAACAUGAAGAAGGUGGUGGUUGAGGAAGAAGAGGACUCGGAGCAGGGAUGCUGCUGCCCAGGCUGCUGCAUGCCCUGCACCAUGUGCUGUGCCAAGUGUGCCCGGUGCUGCUGCCUGCCCAAGUGCUGCUGCAAGUGCCCCAAGUGUCCCGGCUGCUCCGGCUGCUCCGGCUGCCUCAAGAAGUCCCUGUGCUUCGUCCCCCGCCUGCUGUGCUACCUGCCCCGCAAGCUGCUGGGCUGCCGCAACCUCCGGUGCCUCCUCAUCGUGGUGGUGGUGGUGGUGCUGCUGGUGGUCAUCAUCGCCGGCGCCCUGCUCAUGUGGCUGCGCGUCGACCAGAGCCACGCCGACACCGUGCUGCGGAUGGGCCUGUGGGGAGGGCCGGCCUGGGAAGAGGAUGCGGCCACUUUCUACCUGGACGGCGGGGAUGGGGACGCGGCCACCGUGGUCUAUGACUACAGGAAUCUGCUGGUGAGCUACAGGUCCCGUCUGCACCGCGCCUGCUACGUCACCCGUGUGGACAAGGACAACAUCCCAGGGCUGGACGCGGUGGCCGAGACCUUCCAGCGCCGGCAGAACGAGCAGAGGAUCUCCCUGCCCCUGGCUGAUCUCUCCCUCCUGGGCACCACAGCGAGCAUCCUCUGCAGCGCCCUGCCCGUCUACUGGGCUUAG